AUGUCCUUCAAGGACAUACCAGAAGCAAGGAAGUGCAUUAAACUUUAUUGUUUGGCCAAUAAGGUAGAGUUAGAGGUUGUUAAAAGUGAUAAGCAUAGGUUGAGAUAUGAAUGUGUUCCAGGGUGUCCAUUUGGAUGUCAUAUUUCUGAGGAAAAAGGUUCUCCUGGAGUGAAAAUCAAAACUCUAAAUCUUGAACAUGAGUGUGGUCCAUCAUAUGACAACUCUAGGGUUGAUUACACUACUAUAGCUCAUUAUUUCAAGAAAAAAUUACAAGAUAUUCCAAAGUUUAAGGUAAAGGAAAUGAGGACUGAUUUAAAAGAAGCUUUUGAGGUAAAUGCCAGUAAAGGAAAGUGCAAGAGAGCUAAAAGGAUGGUUUUGGAAAUUUUAGAUGGGAGCUUUACAGAUGGUUACAAGAAAUUAGAGGCUUAUGCCAAUGAACUUAGAGACUCAAAUCCGGGAAGUGAUGUUGUAAUCAAUCUGUCUAAAGAGGCACUUGCCGAAGGUAAAAGAAAAUUUCUUAGAAUGUAUAUUAGCUUCAAGGCAAUGAAGAUGGGAUUUAAGGAAGCUUGGGAAAUUGUAGAUAAAGAGACAAAAAGAACUUGGAAUUGGUUCUUGGGGCUAUUGCAACAUUCAUUGGAACUCCAGAUGGGUGAAGGCAUAACAUUCAUGUCGGAUAUGCAAAAGAUACUUGAAGAAAGGUACAAGCCUAUCAUUGGGAUGCUCGAGGGUAUAAGGAUCAAAGUGAUGAAUCAAUUGAGAGAACAUGAAGAUUUGGUGACUAAAUGGAGUCGGAAUUCAGUCCUAAAACAAUGA